ACGUACCAGCCCAGCAUAGAAAACGAAGUAGCAUCAGUUAGCGAGAGAUGGCGGACGAGGAGGCGUGCAUGUUCGCGCUGCAGCUAGCCAACUCGACGGUGCUACCGAUGACGCUCAGGACAGCCAUCGAGCUGGGCCUUCUGGAGACCCUUGUGGCCGCCGCCGGCAUGUCGCUGACUCCGGAGGAGGUCGUCGCGAAGCUGCCGUGCCGGUGCAAGGUCAACAACCCGGACGCGCCAUCCAUGGUGGACCGCAUGCUGCGUGUGCUUGCGUCGUACAAGGUCGUGUCGUGCGCGGUGGAGGAGGGCAAGGACGGCAGCCUCUCUCGCCGCUACGCCGCGGAACCGGUGUGCAGGUGGCUCGCCCCGAACGAGGACGGCGUCUCCAUGGCCCCCUUCGCUCUCCUCGCCCAGGACCACGUCUACCUCGAGCCCUGGCGCCACCUCAAGGAUGCGGUCCUCGACGGCGGCGGCGGCACUGCGUUCCACAGGGCGUACGGGACGUCGUGGUACGACUACACCGGCAGGGACGCGCGCUUCAACGGCCUCUUCUACGAGGCCAUGAAGCACCACUCGGCCAUCAUCACCAAGAAGCUCCUCGAGGUGUACAGGGACUUCGACGGCAUCGGCACCCUCGUCGACGUGGCCGGCGGAAUCGGCGCCGUCAGCCACGCCAUCACCUCCAUGUACCCGAGCAUCAAGGGGAUCAACUUCGACCUUCCCCACGUCAUCGCCGGCGCGCCCCCUUACCCCGGGGUAGAGCACGUGAGCGGCAACAUGCUGGAGAAGGUGCCCUCCGGCGACGCCAUCCUGAUGAUGUGGAUCCUCGACUGCUUCGGCGACCACGAGUGCGCCACGGUGCUCAAGAACUGCUACGACGCGCUGCCGGCGCACGGCAAGGUGAUCAGCGUGGAAUGCAUCUUGCCGGUGAAGCCAGAGGCGACAAACAGCGCGCAGGCGUUGCUCGCCGUCGACAUGAGCCUGGUCGCGUACAGCACGGGCGGCAAGGAGAGGUGUCUCAGGGAGUUCGAGGUGCUCGGCAAGGGCGCUGGGUUUGCCGACGUCAAGGCCACCUACGUCUACGCCGACUUCUGGGCCAUCCAAUACACAAAGUAGUAACUCGCAAGAUUUACCUUAAUUAUCUUGCUAGUACUUCCGUUUUCUACUCUUCAUAAAUAAGUGCACACGCAGCGUCAGUCUGUUUUUCACGACGCGGAAGCAGACUUAGGUCACGUUUGGGAUGGGCUGCAAACUCAUUUCGGUGAUCCUUUACUAAGCCCAACAAAAAACCAUUGAAUUUUUCGGCUUGGAAUGGCAUAUUUGGAGUACUUUAGGUUGA